AUGAGCGCGCGCCUGUCCCCCUUCAUCAAGAAGCACGGGCCUGAGGGGGGCAAUCCCGAGGUGAAGGUGCAGGGAGUCGACUCGGACGGUCGGCCGACAACACACACCUUCCAGCUGCACGAGAACCCGAGCGAGGAUUACCCAACCCUCGGCACUCACGACGCCUGCGUCGAUCUCUGCACCACGUUUGCCGAGACGCUCGUGCGAAACCUCACCAAACGGUUCAAGGACCUGGACUCCCUGGUGGGAGUGCGGCUGUUCAUGCCUAACGAGUGGGAGCCUGGGAGAGCGGAGCGCCACAGGCAGUGCCUCGAGUGGCUCGAGUCACUCGUGACGCUGUUCAGGGCACAGGACACCGACUACAUCAUUCCAGGGAUCGACAAGCGGCGUGCGAUCAAGGAGCUGCGUGCCUUCUGCCCCAUCCUCGCAGAUCUGGCGCAGCUACAAGAAGCGCCGCCCAUUCGGCAAUGUGGCAGCACCACCAGCAAGCGAGGGGGAGGGCAGUGGUAG